CGACAGGCGACGGCCCCGCCCCAGCGGCGUCACCCGCGCGACGGCACCAUGGCGGCGGCGCGGCCGCUGCAGCUGACGCUGGCGCUGCUGAAGCCGGACGCGGUGGCGCAUCCGCUGGUGCUGGAGGCCGUGCACGAGACCAUCCUCAGCAACCGCUUCCUCAUCGUGCGCGCCAAGGAGCUGCGCUGCGGGCGGGAGGAGGGCCGCCGCUUCUACCGGGAGCACGCGGGGCGGUUCUUCUACCAGCGGCUGGUGGAGUUCAUGGCCAGCGGCCCCAUGUGGGCUUAUAUCCUGGCUCAUGAAAACGCUAUCCCCCUCUGGAGAUCCCUUAUGGGACCCACCAAAGUAUUCCGAGCCCGGAACAGCAUGCCGGACUCCAUCCGAGGAGCUUAUGGCCUUACGGACACCAGGAAUACCACGCAUGGCUCAGAUUCACCAGCAUCAGCCAGCAGAGAAAUUGCCUUCUUCUUCCCAGAGUUCAACGAACAGCUCUGGUACCAGCAGGACGAGCCACGUCUGCGCAGUGGGCAGGUGUAUUACAACGCAAAGGAACGCGUCCACUGUGUCUUCAGGGAUGAGGAAACAGAGUUGGCCUGAGCUACCUGGCAGCAUGGUUUGCUGAGCAGGAUGCAGCUGCUAUCCGCGCUGUCUGGGUCGGCCUCAUGACAAGGCGUAGAGCCAUGACACGUUUUGAGGAGUGUGUGGGGAAAAAGACGUAAUGCACAUUACGUUGUGCUGCCUGGGAUUAUCCCAUUCAUGCAGCAUACAGAUGCUGGGGCACUUUAGCAAACCUUACCUCUUAGCAGUACUCCGAUUUGACAGACACUUAGGCGUGCAGUUCAGCAGUUCACUAGUCCCUAGUGUGCUUAUUCAUCUGAGAGUGCUGCAGGUGACUUCCUCAAAGGACUCUGUGGGAAAGGGGCUGCUAGUUCUGGUUAUAGGCAGUUGAGGUGAGUGGCUUUGUUGAUAAGAAUAGACCCCAAAUUCUUAAUAUCUGUUCUGUUCCCACAGUCCCUUAAGGAGAAAAGAGGAAAAAAGAAAAUGAAAAAGUGCAGCAGUGAGCAGGGCAAUAUUAGCUCUUCUGUCCUUGCCUGCCUGGAUCCAAGCUGAGAAACAAGGUUGUCUUUAAUGUUGUAUCAUGAUUCAAAUUUUAAGCUUCUGGUGGAAGGCAUAGUUAGAAGCCAUUCUCAGAGGGAAAGCGGCAUACCCUAUGUUUGGUUUAGUCUGGGCUGGCAGGCCUGCAACAGAUCUCCUAGAGAAGUUGCAGAAGGCCUGGUGGUAGUAGGUAGAGGGUAAUCCACUGUCUGUGAAGGGUCUUAUGUUGUGUGCUUUCAGAUUGCCUGGGGCAUGAGAUCCGGUAGUUCCUGUGAAAGUUUACUGUGGUCAUUAGGGCUAUGGAUCUUGUAAAUUAAUAUUAAAAGGCCAGAAAAGAUGCGUUGCACCUCAUUGCACAGAGGCUGUAGGAGUUGCAACAGGAGCUCUUUACGUUAAGCCGUGUAGCAAAACAGCUAAUGGUAACUCAAAGACUUCAUUGCACAUGGACUGACUGGGCAUUACAGCACUGAUUUUUAUAUCCUUUGCAAAUUAUACUGAUGAAGUGUUUUAAUCAUCCAGAUAAUUGAUAAAAUGGUUAUAUGCUGUAUGAAAACUUGGUUUUAAGGGACACUGCAGAAUUCUGCCAUGCCUGUUUUUGUCUUCCUGUUUGCUGCAUUUUGAGGUCUGCUCAUGUGUGAGGUUUUUAAUCCAUUUAAACUGUGCCAUAGUAGCUUCUUACAAUGCUAGUUUUUAAAAGAGGUUUCAUGCUGUACUGAGUGAAGUUCUUUUGGAUAAUUUCAAAUUCACCGUGUAAGUGAAGUAGCUGUAUUCAGUAACAAAUCAGUAUUUGUAACAUACUUAGGAAAUUUGUUUGUCUGCCUUCUCUCAAGUUUUGCUUGACUGACAUCAAUGAUGCUAGUCACUAAAGCUUUGUUGAUUGAGUCUCAAAUUAACCAGUGCAUUAUUUUAUCACAGACCAAAGGCAAGUUAGUCUCAACUAGUUCCUUUAAGACAACUGUGUAGAAGGUUGGACAUCUUGAUUGAAAAAACGUUUGGAUUGAAAAAUUGUAGGAAGUGCUGCCAUAUAUCUUCCUUUAGUAAAUGUAUUAACAUUUUUGUUCCUUCCUUAUCAUUAUACAAGAUUAAAUGCAGCCCUUAUUUUGUUCCAGAUACGAAUCAAACAGAUCUGGUGAAUAUUUCUGCAUUUUUGCAUUCAUUGCUCCUUUUUUUUUUUUUUCGCACUAGCAGCAUCUAAUGGUAGAUCUGUGCAUGACCUAGUGUGCAUUAAUAUGGAUCUGACAUCUUGCUGUCCUUAAUGCUACUGGUGAUUGAUAUUUUAUUGCUUCCUGAGUUUCUCUUAAGUUAUGUGUGUUUUUCUUCUAAUUAGUAAUCCUUACUAUUUCUUCUUUCUACUUUGUAUUUUAUUUGUUUUCUUUCUUUUUUGGAUAUUAAUUUGGGAUGUCCUUCCUUAAAUGAUAAUUCCUGCUUUACAUUUUUCAUUUUAAAUGCUUAUCUUCCUGGUCACUUACAGUUAUUAUAUUCAGGGAAACUGGCCCAUUUAAAUUUCCAAAUAUAAAUAACAUUGGCUGAUGGCACAGCGUUUUCACAGAAUACUUGUUAUCGGGUCAGUCACCAUUACUUAUGUGGCUGUCAGUAGUUAAGUCAGUUAUUAUUUUUUUGGUCCACCAAGACUGUACCGUAGUAGAGGUCCUCACAACCAUGCAGUCCCAUUUCCCCAGACAAGGUGGUUGUUUCACAAAACAAAAGAUGUUCUGUGAACUUCAUCAGGGAAUCUAAUAUUGAAAUAUUUGGUGUGAGAUGCAGGAGUCACUGUGUCAAAAAGUACUUUUUAAUGUCUAAGGAGGUCUCUGGUUUUAUGAGAUGACAGCAGAUGUUCUCUAUUUUGAGAACUCUCCUGAAAGUAGUCUUUUUUUCCUUGUAAGAGCUCAAGAAAUGGUUUUGUUUUGUUUUGUUUUUAAACUUCUUCUGUAGUGACUCUCGGCAUCUGUUUUGUACAUGUGUCUCUCAGUCCUGUGAUGAUGAAUCACCUUUGAUUUUGUAACUUCCAGUGCCUUUCAUUUAAAGCAACUUCUUGCACCCUUUUUCUCUUUUCUCUUCUUGCUCCACCCUCGCCUGUCCCCAGUCUGUUCUUAUGGAACAAGCUGAAACCAUUGGUGGGGUUUUCUGGGGGGAAGGGCAUGGGGGGGAGUGUUUUGGUUUGUUUUUCAACACUUGAGUCAAACCCUUCUUAGGAAGUCUUGGUAAUUAAUGCCUGGCAUAUGCUGUUUCUUCUCCUUCAUAAGGAUUUUUCAAUACCACUUGCUUACCAUUUGGGUUCCAAACAUCAUGAUGUAAAUAAUAAAAGUAAGUUAUCUGGUUGCCA